AGUGGGCCUUUGGAUAUUCAAUGAUUCGUCGAUCAGCACUAUUUUUCAUCGUCUUGUGGUUGCUGGUGUUUUGUGUCGUUGCUGAGGAUGAUGCUGCACCAUACUACCGAAGCCGACGACACCACUGGGGUAGACGGAUGGAACUCAUGAGGCACAGCUUUGUCAGCCCAUUAACAUACUCCAACACACUUGGUGAUUGGUUUAUGAACGGUGCCACAGUCGCUACGGAUGAUCAUGUUAUACUCAAUCCUAGUAUCGCACAAAGAUACGGUAUAUUCAUGCACACCAUGCCUAUAGAAACCACCGACUUCGAAAUCCUAUUCGAUCUCUCGGUAACUGAUGGUCCAUCUGGAAGUCGCGACUCGGGUUUCGCUUUAUGGUUUACUACGAUGAACUAUACUGCUGAGUUUUCGAAGAUUCGUGACGAACUACAAAAAGGUGACAAUAAGAAAGAUUGGAGAGCAGCCUUCAACGCACUUGAUUAUUCCCUUCUCGGCCAGAAGUCACGUUUCGAUGGCUUUGGUAUCGUUUUUACUCCUAAAGGCGCCUCAGGAGAUGAAUACACAGUUUCGGUAGUCACCAAUAGGAACGACCAGACGAUAUCCUUCGACCGGGACAUACCAGAUCGUGCCUCUUCAGCUAGGGUUAACCUACAUGCCAAUGGAGCACCUGUUAGAAUUGGCAUUCGUGUCCGUCCGGAUCUCAUUAUGGUCCGUUAUCGUGAUGGGAAUAGACAUUGGAGUGACCUCACCACAAAGAGAGGUGUAUCACUGCCGUCAUCUGGUUAUAUUGGCUUUACGUCGUGGAGUGGACAAACUCUCCCCACUGAGAAGGUGUCUAUCAUCGAUAUGCAUGUGUACAACAUGGAUAUGCAUAAAGCAGGAGAGACCUUAUCACAGGAAGUUGUUGAUGAGCUUUCUGAUGGUGGGAAGAUCGAUUGGCAAGAACUACUGACGAAGGACAUUGGUGAGGAUACCUUUCAACAGACUUUGGCUCUCCAGAAGGUCACUGAGAUACUCCUCAACUACAUACAGACAACCCAGCCAGAACUGGCUAAGGUCCAUGCUCAGCUCGGUAGAAUUACUCAUCAAGUUAUCGAUUUGGAGUCACGAAUGAAGCAAUUGAGGAAGGAAAUCAAAGCUACUGAGGAAGGUUCGGGUGGACUGUCUGUGUUGAAGAAUCAGAUGGUUGGUUUAAAGGAGAUGCUCACGCGGGAAUCCGGCGAUCAUAAGGACCGUGUUGAGAAGGUUAGAGAGCAGUUAACCAAGGUUGAUGGUAAUGAUGGACGUUCGCUGAUAAGUGAUGAUUUGGAAGAUUCCAUCAGCAGUUCGCAUAGUUUGGCGAAUAAGCUCUUUAUGCUUUGUAUCAUAGUAGUCGUCGUCGGUGGUUUGUAUGUUUGGCGACAAUUACAAGUCGUGGAGAAAAAGCAUCUUUUCUAAUCUUGUAGUAGCGCGCGAGAAAUAUCUUUUUUACAUAAGGUUGAUAUGGAGGCGGAGCGAAGUUUUAUUUCCCACAAAGGUGGAAAGUGAUGGGUGAAUUUCGUGGCGCGUGACGGAGCUCGUCAUUAUACUAGAGA